AUGUGUGCCCAUGGUGAUACCCGCGUGUUCCUUCAGAACUGUCGCGUGUCUUUGAUUUAUCACACAACAAUGAAAAUUCUCUCCCAAAACGUAAUUUGGCUCUUAAUUUUCGUCGCUUACAAUUAUCUCUUCUGUCUCGCUGAUGACAAAAAUAAAAUAACAGUCGGUGCAUUUUUUGAACGUGAAGACGUCCAAUCUAAAGCAGCCCUCAACUAUGCCAUAGAUACCACAAAUAUGAUGCAACAACAUUUGAAAUAUGCCCUCAAAACCCAAAUUUUAGCGCAGAAUGAUUCGUUUUACUGUUGCAAACUUUUAUGUAAUGUGACGCAAGAAGGGUCGGGAUUGGCUGCAAUUUUCGCCUCAAAACCUAUUUUCGAAUCAUUAAGUAAUCGACUAGAAAUUCCGUUCAUCUUGACAAAAUGGCGCCCCGCCUCUUAUUCAAAUAAACAAACGACGGUCAACUUCUUCCCCGAUUCGUAUUUGUUUUCGCACGGUCUAGCCAUCAUUGUUAAAAAUUUGCAAUGGAAAAAUUUUGUCUUACUUUACGACAGCGACAAAGGUCUUGUAAAGUUGCAACAAAUUUUAAAAUUGAAUAAUUUCAAUUCCGGUUCUGUGAUUGUAAGGCAGUUGGGGCCAGGACCGGAUCACCGUCCUUUAUUGAAAGAAAUUAGGGCUUUGAAUCACAACCGGAUUAUUCUAGACUGCGACACUGAAAACAUCAUCGAAAUUUUGAAGCAAGCCAAAGAAGUCAAUUUGAUGGAAUCGUCAUACUUUAAUUACUUUCUAACGUCUGUGGACGCACACACUUUGGAUUUUUCCGUCUUGAACACUACUGCCAACAUUACAACAAUCCGAAUUUUGGAUUUCACACAAACCCAAUCAAAUUACUCGACUCGGACCGAAACGGCUCUCAUUCAAGACGGUAUUCAUUCAUUUAUCACUUCUGUGAAUACUCUCCACGUGACCGAACCAAUUGUACCAUCACCAAUGGCGUGCGAUCAAAAAUGGUCACACGGGUUCAGGAUUAGUUCGUUCAUGAGAGUCAGAGAAUUUUUUGGUGCUAGUGGCCCUAUUGGGUUUGAUUCAUCAGGUCGUAGGCUCAAUUUCACGAUUUUUGUUGUUGAAGGCAAUCGGGAAAAUGUUGUAGCUAAGUGGAGACCCGAAAAUCCAGAAAUUUUGAUCUACAUGCGGGGGGAAAAUGAUAGUUUUGAUGCGUUGGUUAAAAACAUGCAAAAGAGUGUUUUGAUAAUCUCUUCAAGACUCGGUCCUCCAUAUUUAAUGGAACGCAAGCCUCGUUUCGAGGGUGAAAUUCUGACAGGGAACUCCCGUUACGAGGGUUUUUCCAUGGACCUCAUAGAUGCCAUAGCCGGGAUUUUAGGUUUUAAAUACGAAUUUCGUUUGGCAAAAGACGGCAAAUAUGGCAAUUAUGACCCCGAGACCAAAUCUUGGAACGGCCUGAUUAAAGAUUUAUUGGAUCGAAAAGCUGAUUUGGCAAUUUGCGACCUAACUAUCACUCAUCAAAGGCGAGAAGUGGUCGAUUUUAGUAUGCCAUUUAUGCGACUGGGGAUAAGUAUUUUGUACAAAAAAGCCGAAGAGAAAGAUGUCAACAUUUUUGCUUUUUUGGAGCCUUUCUCGCCCGAAAUUUGGAUUUACACGGCCACUUUGUAUCUAGUUGUUUCAGUGAUUUUGUAUUUGGUAGCAAGGAUGGCCCCCGGAGAUUGGGAAAACCCACACGCUUGCAACCCCAAACCUGAAAAACUUGAAAAUAUUUGGAACCUCAAAAAUUGCUUGUGGUUGACUUUGGGGUCCAUAAUGACCCAAGGUUGCGACAUUUUACCAAAGGGAAUUUCAUCACGACUGGCAACUUCAAUGUGGUGGUUCUUUUCCCUAAUCAUGACAAGUUCAUACACAGCCAACUUGGCCGCUUUUCUCACAAUGGAACGCCUGGAGCCAACCAUAGACAGCGCCGAGGCUUUAGCCAAACAAACGAAAAUCAAAUACGGAACAGUUGAAGGUGGAGCAACCCAAGCCUUCUUUCGCGAAUCGAAUUACUCGACGUAUCAGAAAAUGUGGACUACUAUGAUUCAAGCAAAACCGGGCGUUUUUGAAAAAAAUAACGCAGAUGGCGUGAAACGAGUCCAAACAACCAAGAAUCGCCUCUACGCCUUCCUGAUGGAAUCGUCACAGAUUGAGUACGAGAUCGAGACGAAAUGCGAUUUGAAACAAGUCGGCAAUUGGUUGGAUAACAAGGAGUAUGGGAUUGCUAUGCCCAUUGAUUAUCCAUACAGAAGUGCCAUAAAUACCGCAAUUUUGAAACUACAAGAGGAAGCAAAAUUGACCGAACUGAAGGACAAAUGGUGGAAAAAAAUGCGCGAUGAGCCCUCUUGUCCCGUGCGAACACUAGGAAAAAGUUCCACAGAGUUGGCGUUGGAUAAUGUUGGGGGCGUUUUUUUGGUACUGGGGGUAGGAAUGGCGGUUGCUUUUGUUUUAGCAAUCCUCGAGUUUUUGUGGAACGUUCGAAAUAUUUCAGUGGAGGAACACGUACAUGACCUAUUUUGAAGCACUCAAGGUCGAAUUAAUAUUCGCUUUAAAUGUUUGGGUCACGAAAAAGAGAACCAAACCGAAAAUUAAUUCGCUAAACUGCGUUUUGCGCACCGAGUAAUAAAAAACCAAACUAGAAAAUCGUGUUUAUUAAUCAAAAAUAUUGUUUUCAUAAAUAAUAUGAAUAAAUAUGACAAGAAAUUUA